AUGCUGAGGAGAGCGUACAUUUUAAGAUUUAUAUACAAUGUAAAGCAUACCAAAGAAGAGCGUAGAAUAGGAAUAAUAAGUACGGAGGAAAUUAGGGAAGCGAAGUUAAGAAUAGUCAAACUAGUACAAGCGGAAGCGUUCAUAGACGAUAUAAAAACGUUGAAGCUCAACAACAAGGUCCGAAGGGCUUCGAAGCUAAUAGCGCUACUCCCGUAUUUGGACGACGAAGGCAUUUUAAGGAUUGGAGGCAGACUGAAACAUGCGGCGUUACCUGAAGAAACGAAACAUCCAAUCAUACUCCCGUCACACCAUCAUGUUACUAGAUUGAUUAUUAUACAUUACCACGAAAAGCUAUUCCACGCCGGAGUGCAAACUACGUUAAACUGCAUAAGAGAAGAGUUUUGA